AGCCGAUUCCAUAACAUAAGUGUACGACCUAGUACCUGAGGCCCUUUCUUUCUUUUCAGCCAUUCUGUGUCUGACAUCGGCAUCCCAAGGUCCAGUGUUCGUCAACCCCAAUAAUCCAGCAUCUGCUGCCACAUCUACUGCAACAGCACAAACUGCUACUGGAGGUCUAGUCACGCAAACGGUUUAUGGGUUCCUGGAUUUCACUACCACCAUAGGCAACACCGUGAUGGUGUUUUCCCCACAGAGCUCUGAAGCCAUUGUUAAACCACCUGAGCCCCCAAAACCUCAAGUCAUAAUCAACUCCAACCCCCCUCCUGUAGUGAACGAAAUCAAGGCCAUCAAACCGACAAAAACCAAUCAACCAAAGCCAAAACCUGCUGCUACCCAACAGGAGGUGCACUCGGUGGUUCACGUUCAAACCGAGGCGCCACCUCCCAUCACAAAAGUUGAGGUCAAGACAGGCGCUCAGGCGGUCACCAAGGUCAAUGUUGUGGAAGGAUUGAAGACCAAGGUGUCACCUGUGGUUGCUAGCAAGGUUCAGGUGGUGGAAGCGCCUUCAUCUUCCUCCGUACCAACUGGCAAUGUCAUCACCAAAGUGGAGGUUAUCGAGGGAAACAAGAAACAAGAUGGGCAGUCAAACACCAUCCACCAGGUAGUUCACGUAAAAUCCGAUGACUCCGACCAACUCACCCCCGUAGGCAACUUCAUAGGCACCGAUUCCGGAGAAGACCUCCUGUCCAAGCAACCUUCCGAGCUCGUGGAAGAAACUGUACGAGGUCCAGGCGUGAAGCCGAGCUCAAAGUUCAUCCUUAGGCAUCGACCUAGCGCAGAUGCAGGUGGGAAGAAAGCGGGAAAGAAGACCAGGGCGCACCCUACCGGUUUGGUGACAAAGUUAGGAGGUACGAUUGUGCGGGACGGAGUGACAGCCGUCGUUGAAACUAGUGUUAUAGGAACGUACAUUUCAGGCAAAUACGCUCAGGUCCUGCAAACAAACUCGAAGAGAAUUGCCCCUACCCAAACCCAAUCACGUAUUUUGAAGACUGCUGGACCUUCCUUUGGACGUACCAAGCAGCGUGGCAACAAUGCUGUGGAACCAACUCCUGCUGUUAUACCUGAAGAGAUCUCUUUACCGGUAGAAGCAUUAUUUAGCAGUCAAGCAACGCCAAUUGUCAAAGCUACCAGGAAACCAAAUGGUGCAUUCAAAAGAUUUAAGAACCGUCAAAAAGAAUCUGAGUCAGAACAGCGUGUUGAAGCUGUAGAACAGACAACACAUCAACCUAGCUACAAGAGCAAGAAUCGUAGCCACCAGAGUGGAAGAAACUCCAAACAAACUACCGCACGUACCACCCCCACUCACAAACACAGUGGCAGUGGAGGGGGAAAACGGAAACGGACACGCACUACAACCACUACAACGCCUGCGCCUGUACACAGCGAGGAGCCAACCACCAAAAGGGCUGGCAAAGGAGGGAGAAGGGGUGCCAAGCAGAGGGAAGCCAACAACGAACAGCAGAGUGGUGGGGGGUUCAGCAGGAGGGGUUUCAAACCAAAGGUACAACCCACGCCGGCACAGCAGGAGCAGCAAGCUGGCAGUUCCAGUCUUUACAAGUUCAAGUUGAACAGAACACCUGGUCGGUGGCAGUACAAGACUACUUCAAAACCCCGUGUGAGUAUUCGGAAACAGAACCCUACGGACGAGCCUCCAGCAAAUAAUUCAAUUACAUCAGGUCAAAAUGGAGACCAGCAACCGCAACAACAACCUGUUUACAAUGAGGCUGCUACUCCACAGUCGAGAUCCGAUGACGUGGACGGCCUUGAAGGUUCCGAAUCUGUGGCUUCGAUCGUAGACGACGAAGAGGCGACCGAUAACAAGCUGGACACGCCCGCAUUCCCGCUGGAGACCAUUAAGGUGGAGAUUUCGACGCCUCCAGACUUUGGGGACAUCUACUACGAAAUCGCUACCAUCAAGUCGCCGUAUACUUUCCAGGUUGGCAGCGUAAGGAACACUCGUUACGUCACAGUCACUUCCACCUUCGAGAAAAGCCUCGACCAUCGUACCGUUGAACCUACUAACGUCAAGCCCAACGAACCCCUGACAGAAAAUAUUCUUGCAACUGCUGCAAACUACAAGGACAACAAUAACAUCCUGGACUCUAGCAUUGCAACGUUACCGCCGUUAUACCUAGCAUCGGACGUGGCGACGCCACCUCUGGAAACUCUCACGGAGACGUUCAGCACUACGCAAACACUGCUCAAGACUCAUAUCCUGCCCAUCAUAAGAUUUGCAGGGAAUGAAUCAUCUACUACCUCUUUGGUGCAAACCUUUGUAGUCACUAGAUUGGUGACGGCAACUAAAACCCUUCCACCAAUGGAGGCCUACCAGUUCAUUCCCAGCAAAACUCUGAACGAGUUCAACAGCAGACUGGAUGAAGCUGGAUCAGAGCUACACCUAGAACUCGAGUUUGGCGAUCAAAAUGAUCAGGACGACACCCCAGUUAGAAAGGUCACGCUGCCUGCUGAUCUGAACCUAGCCAAUGUUGGUUCUAACUUGGAUAUCUCCGAUGUGGAUAAGCAAAAACUUCUAGAGGCACAACUAAGAUCGAAGCAGAAUCAAGCGAAGCAGCAAGCCAUGGCGGCCCAAAAUAACCAACAGAAUCAGCAAAGUAUUGCCCUUUACGGUGGUGUGAUCACCACUUCCAAACCGAUCAUCAAAAUUGAAACCCUCUACGAAACUUUUGUACUACCUGUUACACAAGGACACACUACCAUACAGAGCACCAUCUCAAAACUUAAGGGUACUAUCACCAAGACCGACUAUGAGUACGGUACAAGCACUGUACCUCCUCAAUUACCACCUAUAGUACCUCAUGUGCCGCAAGUACCUCAAAUACCAUUUAAUCCGUUCUUACCUCAACCCGCGCCUCAGUUCACUGUGACUUCAUCACCUAUCUUUCAAAGUACUACUGUUACCCAGACAAACAGCAAGGUGCUCAAGUUGACCUUUGGUGCUAAGACUGCGUAUACAACAGUGUAUUCCACGACAGUACUGCCGACCGUUUUGACGUCGUACAUGACGCACUCAGUACCGGUAGCACCAACAGCAGCUGCAUUCCCGGGUUACUUCCCAGCACCAUUCCCACCGUACCCUUACGUGGGAUAAGGUGGUAACAGGUGAUUCUUUUACUCCCAAUUUGGUGUAUUAUCCGAGGACCACUUCAUCAGAUACUUGUGUGAUAUGUUGAAGUGGUACUGUAGGUAUAAGUUACCAUUUGAUACUGAGACUGUACACCCUGCUCUUCCACGUAAGCUGCACGUUCAUUGGUCUUUAAGUCUCUGAAUAGUCCUAUGACAUGAAGCUGCCUUGAAUGAGGAUUAGGUUGUCUCGAAAUUAUUAAGGUAGAAAGUACCUUUUAUGUAUAUAAUAAUAAUAAUAUUACGGAUUCUAUGACUAGUACUGAUUAACCUGAUCCUGGUAUAGUAGUAGAGCUAGAACCUUGAGUUUUGAAAUGGUGCUCUUCUCUUAUAAAUAUAGCUUGGCGAAUCUUGUUAUACGACGUGUUUCUUUGAUUAUGCAAACGUAGACUAUAUAUAACUCUAUAUAUAAAAUCAGAAAAAGCAAUACGAAAAAGAAACUAGUUCUCAAAAACUUUCCAGCAGAUAUCGUCUAUAAACGAAAGAGGUGGAAUAUACUCGUAAAAACCGUUGUUCCAUUAAAAAUUCAGAUUUAGUUUCCAUUUUAUCUUUAUUCUUCAGCUAUUCGCAAAGUAAAUCUUUUUUUGUGACUCAAUUUCACAUGUUUUACAUGCCACUCGUUGUAUUCUCAUUAUUUUGAUAUCCUAGCUAACAUUUUUGGUUUCAAAAAUGCACUUCAAUAUUAUUCUUGUAUGUCACUAGAAAACUACACACAUUCAAAAUUCCGAUUUGGAAUAGCAGAGGAACUAGACUUAUGCAAACAAAGAAAUGUUAGCAAACAUCCCUACAGCAGGGUAUGCCAAAUAUUCCUGGACUAUUAAGAUUCGAAAUAGUCCAAGACUAUUAGACUAUCUGAUAGGAUAUGCUAGCUGCUUUUGUUAAUAGAAUGUGUUGAAUAUUUCUAAAUGAUUCCAAAUGGAAAUACCGAAUGUAUGCGACUGGUCUGAGUGGUUUAUGAUAGAUUAUAUUUUUAAGUUUUAUCUUAUAUUUUCCUCAACCAUGCCGAUAGAUGCGACAUGCCCUACUAGACAAUUGAUUAUAGAAAGGAUAUGUAACUUAGAGGUGGAUAUUGCUUUACACUUCACGUUCUGUAGACUUAGUAGCAUUAAAAGACAAUGUAUACGUUAAUUUUCUAUAAUCCUUCUAGUAAUCUUUUUAAUAAAAGUAAAUACUUGUAGAUAUAUACUGGGUGAUUGGUACGUCAUUUUAUUGUUUUAAUCUCGCCCCGGAGUUGAUAAAUGUGAUUCACAGCUAUUUGCUGCCCUGCAUAUUUCAUUUUAUUAGAGGAUAGCUUGACUAAUAGUUAUAUAUUCCAUAUUGGAAGACAAAUCUCAUCUUGUAUCUCUAAACCUUUUUUUCAACCCUAAAAAAGAUUCAAUAUUAUGUUACUGAAGUUUCCAUCACCCUGUAUUAGCAAUUAAACACGUUCUUAUUUAUCUUCAUUUCUCAUCUUCUGUAUAUAGUCAUUUCAUGUUUCAUUCACACAGUUUGUAGCUUUAGUCACAAGUGUACAGGUUAAAUAGUUUAAGUGCAGAUAAUAUUUUCCUAGUAUUAUUUUUGUACAGGUAUGAAUGUUUUUGUAUAUUUUUUAUUUUAUUGUGCAAUACCUUUUGUAAUAAAUGUACGUAUGAUGUAUAGGUACUGAAUUUUCAUUUAUAAAUCCUUAUUUGCC